AUGUGGCGCAUCACAUCUACCCCGAAACUCGGGUAUCGUCAGGCGGACUUGCAGAUCAAAGCAUGCAGCGCGUCGAGCUUUUCUCCGGGAGAUUUCGUCCAGGUAAUAGUCAAGGUUAUCGCCCUUGCACAGCGUGGCAAGUACAACACGCCGGCCGACGUGACGGUGAGAUUCGACCUAUUGUCAUGCAUCCGUCUUUUGACAUCGAAGGAAGCAAACAACACGCUGCCCCGAGACACGGACAAAGUGCCUGCCAUCGAUCCACCAGUGCCGUCCGAUACCCAGGACCAGAUGGAAGACGUAGUUGACGAGGGACCUGACAUGCUGUAA